AUGUCUGAUAAGCAGUUUUUCACCACGUACGCUCAGCUCAUACGCUUGCUGACAGAUGCUCCACAGUCUUCCUUCUAUUCCACGGAAGACUACCACAAAUUGAAAUCUUUAGGACCUUCUCUACCCAAGGUGCCUGCUGCGUUUCCCAAAAAAAGUAAUGGAGAUGCCGCUGGAGAAAAGACAAAACUCAACUUUAAAAGCAUCAAGCCGCCAUUCAAAUUCUCUACAUCACUCGAAGCGCCUCUUUCUCUGACGGUGUUUAACAUCAAGGGAGAGCUCGUGGAGGCUGUGGCAGCUUUGAGGGACGCUGGUGUGACGGCAAGCAACUUGAAGAUGAUGGUCAAGGCUAAAGUGCUUUCCGAUACUACACAGAUUGGCUCAGUGGCCAAAGCUAACGAGGAACUUUCCAUCACCGUGAUGGUAUCUCCUCCUCAGACUGCUCCCACUCCAGCUACAGAGAAGAGGGAAGAAGAACCCACAUCCACUGAGGAUCCAGAGGAGGCAGCUUUGGAUCCAAUGGUCACAGAAGCUACAUGGACGAAGAUCGGACUGCUUUUGUCGCUUGACAUUGGCCCAGAGAGAGCGCAAAAGGCGGUAAACCAGUUCAAGACUCUAGUGUAA